AUGGCCACCGCCUGGCUCCAGAGCUCCCCGCGCGGAGCCCUCUGCAGGCAGCUGCUGCUGACCCUCAUGGUCUUCAGUUUUGAUGGGGAAGCCUGCAGAAAGGUGAUAUUUAAUGUACCAUCUAAACUGGAAGCAGACAAAAUGGUUGGCAGAGUUAAUUUGAAAGAGUGCCUCAGGUCUGCAGACUUCAUCCAUUCAAGUGAUUCUGAUUUCAGAGUUCUAGAUGAUGGGUCGGUGUACACAGUUAGAGCUGUUGUGUUGUCUGAUGAGAAAAUGUCAUUCACCAUAUUGCUUUCUGACACAAAGAAACAGAUACAGAAAGAGAUUACUGUGCUCCUGAAACAUCAGAGGAAGGUAUUGAAGAAAAGACAUACUAAAGAAACUGUCCUCAGGCGUGCCAAGAGGAGAUGGGCGCCUAUUCCUUGUUCAAUGCAAGAGAAUUCUUUGGGCCCUUUCCCUUUAUUUCUUCAACAAGUUCAAUCUGAUGCAGCACAGAACUAUACCAUCUUUUACUCAAUAAGUGGGCGUGGAGUUGACCAAGAACCACUAAAUUUGUUUUUCAUAGAAAAAAACACUGGAAAUCUGUUUUGUACCCAACCCGUGGAUCGUGAAGAAUAUGAUGUUUUUGAUUUGAUUGCCUAUGCGUCAACUGCAGAUGGGUAUUCAGCAGAUUUACCUCUUCCACUGCCCAUCAAAGUGGAGGAUGAAAAUGACAACCAUCCUGUUUUCACAGAAGUAAUUUAUAACUUUGAAAUUCCAGAAAGUAGUAGACUUGGUACUACAGUGGGGGUGGUUUGUGCCACGGACAGAGAUGAACCAGACACGAUGCAUACACGCCUGAAGUACAGCAUUUUGGAGCAGAGACCAAAAUCUCCUGGGCUGUUUUCUGUGCAUCCCAGCACAGGCGUAAUCACCACAAUCUCUCAGUAUAUGGACAGAGAGGUUGUAGACAAGUACACAUUGAUAAUGAAAGUACAAGACAUGGAUGGUCAAUUUUUUGGAUUGAUUGGUACAUCAACUUGUAUUAUAACAGUAAAAGAUUCAAAUGAUAAUGCACCUACUUUCCGACAAAAUGCUUAUGAAGCAUCAGUAGAGGAAAAUACAUUCAAUGUGGAAAUCUUACGCAUACCUGUAGAAGAUAAGGAUUUAACUAACACUGCCAAUUGGAGAGCCAAUUUUACCAUUUUAAAGGGAAAUGAAAAUGGACAUUUCAAAAUCAGCACAGACAAAGAAACUAAUGAAGGUGUUCUGUGUGUUGUAAAGCCACUGAAUUAUGAAGAAAACCAUCAAGUGAUCCUGGAAAUUGGCGUAAGCAAUGAAGCUCCAUUUACUAGAGAUGUUCUACCCAGAUUGACAACUAUAAACAGAGCCUUGGUUACUGUUCAUGUGAAGGAUCAGGAUGAGGGGCCUGAAUGCAGCCCUGCAGCCCAAUACAUACGGAUUAAAGAAAAUUCACAAGUGGGGUUAAAGAUCAAUGGCUAUAAGGCAUAUGACCCUGAAACUAGAAGCAGCAAUGGUUUAAGGUACAAAAUAUUGCAUGAUCCUAAGGGAUGGAUCACCAUGGAUGAAACUUCGGGGUCAAUCAAAACUUCUAAAAUCUUGGACAGGGAGGCUGCAACUUCCAGAAAUGAGUUAUAUAAUAUUACCAUCAUGGCAAUAGACCAAGCUGGUAGAUCAUGUACUGGAACUCUUGCAGUGAACAUUGAAGAUGUGAAUGAUAAUGCACCAGAAAUACUUCAAGAUUAUCUAGUAAUUUGCAAACCAAAGAUGGAAUAUACUGACAUUUCAGCUGUUGAUCCUGAUGAACCUGUCCAUGGAGCUCCAUUUUAUUUCAGUUUGGCAAACACUUCUCCGGAAAUCAAUAGAAUAUGGACCCUCUCCAGAGUUAAUGAUACGGCUGCCCGGCUUUCAUAUCGGAAAAAUGCUGAAGCUCAAGAAUAUAUCAUUCCUAUUACUGUGAAAGAUAGAGCAGGUCAAUCUGCAACAAAAAACUUGCGAGUUAAUCUGUGUGAUUGUACUCAUCCGAGUCAGUGUCUCUCGGCUUCAAGGAGUGCGGGAGUAAUACUUGGAAAAUGGGCGAUCCUUGCCAUAUUACUGGGUAUAGCACUACUAUUUUGUAAGUACUUUCACUUAUGUCAAGUUAAGAUGUGUAAUAAAAAAUAUGAGCUCAGGAAGAGGACUUUAAAAAGUGAUCUUCUCCAACAAAACUUGAUUAUAUCAAACACAGAAGCACCUGGAGAUGACAGAGUGUGUUCUGCUAAUGGAUUUAUGACCCAGACUGCCAACAACUCAAGCCAAGGCUUUUGUGGCACGUUGGGAUCAGGAGUCAAAAAUGGAGGGCAGGAGACCAUUGAAAUGGUGAAAGGAGGACACCAGACCUUGGAAUCCUGCCGGGGGGCUGGGCACCAUCACACCCUGGAUUCCUGCAGGGGAGGACACAUGGAGACGGACAACUGCAGAUACACUUACUCGGAGUGGCACAAUUUCACCCAGCCUCGUCUUGGUGAAAAAUUGCAUCUAUGUAAUCAGAGCGAAGACCACAUGCCAUCUCAAGAUUAUGUCCUUACGUAUAACUAUGAAGGAAGAGGAUCUCCAGCUGGUUCUGUAGGCUGUUGCAGUGAAAGACAGGAGGAAGACGAACUUGACUUUUUAAAUAAUUUGGAACCCAAAUUUGUUACAUUAGCAGAAGAAUGUACAAAGAGAUGAUGU